AUGUUGUGGUUUGCUUUAUGUUUUAAGGGCGCUGCAGCUGGACUCGCUUACGUCGGCAGUUAUGUUCUUAACGCCUACAAGACCUACGACCCCUUUCACCAGGACGAAUAUGCCAUUCUGCCCGCUGUCAUUAUCAUUUGUGUUGCUGUGGUGAUGUUCGUCAUCGGGCUGAUCGGAUGCUGCUCCACCCUCCGCGAGUCCCGGGUUGGCUUGGGAGUGUUCUUGUUCAUUAUCCUGCUGAUCUUCAUCGCGGAGGUGUCAGCAUUUGUCCUUGGAUUCGUUUACAGAUCAAGGGUUAAAAGUGAUUUCCGCGAACCGCUGCAACAAGUUUUCAAAGAGUACGAUGGGAAUAAUUCCCAGUCUCAUAUGGUAGACUAUUUACAGAACGAGCUUCAGUGCUGCGGCGUCAGCAACUAUACAGACUGGAUUGGCAGCACCUGGUACAACACCACCGGCAACAACAGCAUUCCCAUUAGCUGCUGCAAGCAAGCAUUUAAAAAGAACUGCACAGGACGAGUGAGCGAGCUACAGUAUCUCAAUACCGAGGGCUGCGCAGACCAAAUGAUCUUUGCAAUAGAGAGUGUUCUCAGCUACGCUAUGCUGGUUGUUUUGGGGUUUGCCAUCGUGAAGUUCUUUGGGAUGAUGAGCGUCUGUGUGCUGACCUGCCGGAGAGAUAACGGUUACGACCGCUUGAACUCAGGGGUGUUCGCGUGA